AUGCAGAAAAAACCUGUUUUGCGCGGUAGAAUACACCAGCUUGCACUCAUCAUCUCCUUCAUCUUCCUGAUCCUGCAUCUUCUAUACUCGCUAUUUACGCAGCUCCAUCUAGGCACCCUGAUAAUACUUACCACCCAGUGCAUCCUGUACGGCACAUCCUCGUACUACCACCUCACGUCUUUCAAGCACACGCGUACCGAGCGGCUUGCACAGCGAAUCGAUCAUAUGUGCAUAUUUCUGUUCAUCGCCAGCGUGCACUCAAGCAUGGCACUUACCCUCAAGCUGAUGCACACCAAGCUGAUAUUGAUGACCACGUGGAUGAUAUUCGUGCUGGGAGCGACCAAAAUAUUUCUGGUGGAGAAGGUGGUUGAGGCGAUCGAUGUUGCGCUGUACAUCGUGCAUGGAAUGUCUAUCACCUUGUUUUUGAAGUUUGAAAGCUUGAGAAGUGUUUAUAGGAUGGUGCUUUCUUUGGGAGGACUGCUUUAUGUGCUGGGCGGUAUCGUUUUUGGACUGGAGAAGCCUGAUUUGGUGCCCGCUGUUUACGGGUACCACGAACUUUUCCAUACGUUGACAGUGCUGGCCAACGUGUGCUUCUUGAUACCGAUCAUCAUGUUUUACGUAUCGUGGUAGAGCCGUAAGUAAACGCAGUUAACUGGUGUA